AGGAUUUAAAAAAUUGAGCUCAGUCAAUUCUCACUAGUGACCAUAACAAGCAAGGCGGUGAACCGGUGAAUCAUUGUAAGACAAGUGCUUCAAGAUGUCGAUCAAAAUUGUUUUGUUGUCUAUUGCUUUCAUCUUAGUGUCUGCUCAAGCACAGGGUUUAUCAAAUGAAGACAAUCAAAAACCACCAGUCCUAGGUGCGCCAGAACUUAUUAGUGUUGACGACGCAAAGAUCCAAGAACUUUCCAAAGUGGCCCUCGCUAAUUUGCAAACCUCUGCAGGAGGGAACGAUAAACUUAGUCUAGUUAAAAUCCACAAAGCCUCCAAGCAGGUUGUUGCCGGUAUGAAAUAUGAUUUGACCAUGGAAGUAUCUAACAGUAAAAAUGAAUCGAAAAAGUGUGAGGUGCAAAUCGUUGAGCAACCAUGGAUCUCUUCAGACCCCAAAGUCAUUUCUGCCAGUUGCGAAAACAAACCACUUGCCGUUUAAUAAAGACGCCUAAUCUUAAACUGAUUUCAAACAAUGUCACGAUUAAACUUUUUCCAAACAAGAACACGUACGAUAGCUGUAUUGACAGGGUAUUUCUUUUUAAACCCGGAGCCCUUUUUAAUUGAUAAAAAUAUAACAAUAGAAACAUGUCACUGGAAAGUCGUAGGUGUCAUUUGAAAAAUAAUAUCCUCAACAAUCAUUUUUGCACAGCUUGGCAGUUGGCACACAACGAGCUCAUUUAACUUUUGCAGUUAAUCAAACAGUCUCAGUUGAUUAUUGAUGAUCUACAGUUCGUCUCGCCAAGCGGUAAGGGUUCACUGGUAAUCUCAGAUCAACAAACAGCCGAAAUUCAUCCAAAGUCGGAAGUUUAUCAAAAGUUGGAGGUUCAUCAAAGCUCGUCAAAGCCACGACCAAUAUUCUCCAGUUUCUGAAACUUUCGAUGGACGUAUACUCGAUCCUGAUACAUAAUCAACUCUUGAAUUUUCUUAUCUCAAGUUUUUUGAUAAAUAAUGCAUUUUUUUGGAGUGUUUCCUCUCUAUCAAAGCAUUUUUGCCUCAAAUUAUUUUUUUAUUAUGCACUAGUUUUAUCGUUUGCCCUACCUCUGACUUUACGCGAAAUAUCGCGGCUAUUUGGGACCUGAUACAGAUGUAGUGCCCAAUGUGGGGUGUCAAAUCUAUGAAAUUUUCGAAAUUCAAAAGAUAGCUUGGUCUCAAAAGUCCCAUAAAAUUUCGUCAUCUCCAAGACGAGCGUGCCUUUAUUUCAACAAAGUCAAAUUCCGUUUCUUAGUUUCAUUUUUCUUCGGAAACUAAAGGGACAUAUUUUCGGAAAAUUUCACAGGAUUUUUCGUGGAUUGCCGUAAAAACUCAGCGAAGUUUUGGACAGAAAUUGUGGUGUCACUCAUGUGCAUGUGAAGAAAAAGUAUUGUGUAACCUACCUAUGCAUAUAGAAGCAGUAAUAAAUAUAAUCUGGAGUUUCUAAAUGUAUUUUUCCAAAUAUAAGUAAUAUGUAUGAUGACUUCAAACAAUAAACCUUACAAUACCAGUACUUA